AUGCUGCCUAAUAAUUAUUUCUCACAUCCCCUGGACCAUCAAAACUUUCAUCAGACGGUUGAGGAGGGGCUGAUUGAUCUCAGUAGUCACAACCCUCGAUUUUUCCUCUCAGUUCUGGUGGAUCUCACAAUUGACCCUGCUAUCCCCUCUCUGCAUAUAAAAGCUAAAGAGAAUAUGAGUAUUAUUGCCAUUUGCCAAAAGACCCUUGCUUUCCCUGUGAUAAAGAUGGAGAAAAUGAAGCACUCCAGUACCACAACAGCCUUGUUUAUUCUGCUGCUGAUCACGGUGUGGAUCAUGAGCUCGCCAGUGCUGGGCUGCGCAUCGGACGGCAGCCAGUGCAGGAACUGCAUACUGGACCGGUUCAAGUACGACUGCCCGCCGUGCAUGCCGAUUCUGCGGUGCAUGUCGCGGUGCUUGUGGGGCGGCUCGGCACGGGCCAAGUGUGUCAAGAAAUGUGACUGCAACAGCGGGUACCCGAGGCUUUCGGAUUGCAAGAAAUGCAUGUCCGAGUGCAAAUGCAGCUGUGCUCAGGCUUAGAUUGAUUAGACCAGUGAUAAUAUGGUACGGUUUAAUAAUCGGAUCGAAAAUGCAAUGCUUUGAUUUUGCUUUCCUUAUAAUAGACAUGGUAUUUCUUCUGUGUGUCUGAAUGUGGUGUGUGAGGGAGAGAGUGAGUAGGUGGUUCACAUGUCUUCUUAUUUUUCUGCUUUUUUCUGAUGAAUAAUAAUAUUAUACUCAAUAAACACUAAGAAAAUAAAA